CCCUCGUCCAACCUUGUCUACCUUCGUUUUUUUUUUGGUAGACAAACCUUGUCUACUUCACUCCCCUGCAGUUCCUGUUCUUUUAAAGUUUAAACUUUCCGUUUUGCUUCGUGUUGGCCGGAAAAACCCUAGUCUUCUGUGUUCUUCUUGGGUCUUCUACUUCACUCAAUCAAGGAAAAAUGACUGUGGAAGCAGUAAAUCCGAAGGCUUACCCACUGGCAGACGCUCAGCUGACUAUAACCAUUCUUGACCUCAUUCAACAAGCCGCCAACUAUAAACAGCUCAAAAAGGGUGCUAAUGAAGCAACUAAGACUUUGAAUAGGGGAAUUUCGGAGUUUAUAGUCAUGGCAGCUGACACUGAACCUCUAGAAAUCCUUCUCCAUCUUCCCCUGCUUGCUGAAGACAAGAAUGUGCCAUAUGUGUUUGUCCCUUCUAAGCAAGCCCUUGGUCGAGCAUGUGGAGUCACAAGGCCUGUCAUUUCUUGCUCUGUGACGAGCAACGAGGGAAGCCAGUUAAAAUCCCAAAUAGAGCAACUGAAGGUACCAUUCCAUCUGACAUUAUUAUGA